AUGGCACAGAACGCAAAGCAGCGUAUAGAAGCCCUGGGGAAGCAGCUGGCCCCGGGUGCGACCUUCGAGGGCAUGCCCGCCGUGAAGAAGGUCGCCGACCCGUCGAGUGGGCUGAGGCUCAAGGACAAGGUCGCCAUCGUCACGGGGACGAACUCUAUACUCGGAAUCGGUCGCGCGACCUGCCACCAGUUCGCUGAGAACGGCGUGAAGGCCAUCUACCUGUGCGACUUUGAUAACAGCAACCUCGAGAAGCACAAGCGCGAGAUCAACUCUCUAUAUCCCAAAGUCGAGGUCCAUGUCCGUCAAUUUGACGCCGCCAACGAGGAGGCCGUCAAAGAGGUGGUUGACCAUGCCGUCACAACCUACGGCAGGCUCGAUGUGUUCUUCGCGAACGCCGGCAUCAUAGGCCAGGCGCUCCACUUCAAGGACGUAGAGAAGAGCGACUUCAUGAAAGUCAUGGAGACCAACGCUGCUAGUGUGUUCUUGGCUGCGAAGCAUGCUGCACCGGCCAUGAUGAAAACCUCAGCCGGCAAGAAAUCUUCGUCGGGCAGCAUCAUUGGUACGGCCUCCGUCGCGGGCAUCCGCUCCAAUGCGGGCCCUACCGCCUACUCCGCAGGUAAAGCCGCCGUCGUCUCCAUUGCUCAGACCUGCGCCUACCAGCUUGCGGGCACGAACAUUCGGGUCAACGCGUUAUGCCCGGGUCUGAUCGAGACGGGAAUGACUGCACCGACAUUUGAGACCGCAAGGGCACGGGGGACAGAGAAGAAGAUUGGGCAGCUGAACCCCAUGAAGCGAGGCGGCAAUGCCGACGAGAUUGCUCGUGUUGCGCUCUUCCUGGCUAGUGACGAAGCGAGUUAUGUCAAUGGCCAGGCUUGGGCCGUCGAUGGAGGCCUGAGUGCUGGGCACCCGUUCGUACCUGGAAAGCUUGCAUAG